AUGCAAUUUCUCAACGGUAGAGAAGCCUCUACCCUGGUAGCUCAAUUGACAAAUGAGCGUGUGUAUGCAAAUGUGGAUCCAUCCGUGCCUCAACUUACUCAGACGAAUAUUUGGAACCAAGCUGUCAAACUUCAUCACAUGGAAGACCCUGUAUCGCAGCUUACAACUGCCAUUGCUCGUCGUCAACUGUCCAGCGCCAUUUUGUCCUCUCAAUCUUUGCUAGCUGCUAUCCCUUACUUGUACAAGCUCGCUUCAGAUGCAUCUUCGGCGGUGUUGCAUGUUGCUGCAGAUCACAAUGACUCGUCAUCUUCGUUUGCUGAUUUCACUCAGGUCAUGUCUGUUAGACAAAGUGGAUUGACCCUACUCAGUGCUGCGUGUGUACAAGAGGCGUACGACUUGGCCCUGAUUGCUCAAGCUGUGUCUCUUCAAGCCUCUACGCCCUUUCUUCAUUUCUUUGACAGCAAGCGCAUCUCCAAUGAGUAUACGUCUAUUCAAGUGCUGAGCAACGAUGAACUGUUGAGAUUGCUUCCUGAGCAACUGGUGAACGAUUCCUUUAAGAGCAAGACCGUACCCGAGCUCGUCCAGCAAUCUGCUUACUUGAAGUACAAGGCCAGUCUAGCCCAACCAAAGGACUCAACAGAGCAAGAUCAGGUAACAUCUCCUCCACUGGAUGUUGUCGCUGUGUUCAAUCAAGUCGCCGAUCAGUUUGCUGAACUCACUGGUAGGCAUUAUGCUCCCUUGGAGUACAUAGGCCAUCCUGAGGCUAAACAUGUCAUCAUCGCUAUGGGUGCUGGUGCUCAUGUGGUCAAGCAAACUCUGUGUGCAAUGGUUGAAUCAAAUCCUUCGUUGAGAGUGGGCGCUCUCAAGAUUCGUCUCUAUCGUCCCUGGAAUGAUCAGUCUCUUUUAAAUGCUUUACCUAGCACUGUCCAGCGCAUUGCCGUACUUGAACCAACAGACGACUCUACCUCGACCUACAGCCCUCUCUUUUUGGACGUUGCUGCUGCUUAUCAAACAGCGAACAACGAUCUGGUGGACAUUGUCAGUGGACAAUAUGGCGUAGAAGAUGCUGAUUUCUCUCCUGACAUGGUGUAUUCUGUCAUAAAGUCAUUGAUCAGCAACAGUUUAAAUCGUCGCUUCGAAGUGUCCUCUUUACCUAGGGAGGCUCUCCCGUGGCAGGUUGUUCCUUUAGGCACUGAACAGGUCAUCUUCGUAUCAAGCCCUUCUCUCGCUUCCUCUUAUGCUGCUCAGCAAACUGCACAGGGAAAGGGGGCUCAGGUUUACACUCUGGAAGGAUCAGAUGUUACUCAUGUUCGUGUUGCUUCGUCUCAUGUUGGUUCAUUUUUGCCAUCUCUAAUCCAAUCUGCUGAUGCUGUUGUAAUAGCCCAUCUGCCGUUGCAUCACGAGCAAGAACAGGCGGCUGUUGAGGCUGUUCAAGCUUUAUCUCAUGGAGGCGCUAUUCUUAUGAACGGUGAUACUAAUACCCUCCCUGCUGGUGUCAAGAAGGCUGCCCACAGUAAACAAGCUACUGUUGUUUCUGUUAGGGACUUUUCUGUCUCAUUGACAAGGAAGAGCUUGUCUGAUAUCCUGGCUGAUCUUGAUUCAUUGUCCAUCACUGCUCCUAAUGAAUGGGCUAGUGAGCAACAAGAUUUGUCUUUAGAGGUCAACAUACGCAAGAACAGCAAGAAACAUGAAGCCAUCUUACCUGUGGAAACACCCUACCUCAAAAUGCUAGAUCAAGUGUUUGGCUCUCGCUUAGACAUUGCCAAUGCGUAUCAUGCUUCCUCCGUGUGGUCUCCCAAUGUCUCUCAUCCUCACACUGCUUCGCCUGAAUUUGGCUACGGUCGUAUUGUCAACCGUCUUCAAGAAAGAUCACGUCUGGUGGACCUCGUCUUGCAAGCGAUUCGCAGCUCAUCUCUUCCUUUGGAAGCUGUUCGUGUUCUCUCUCAAUGGCUCAUGCUUGUGAAUGCUCGCCAGUCGAUCGUGUCCAAGGUAAAAGAAGCUGCUGAUUUGGUGAUUCGCGUACUCUCUUUUGUUGCUGGUGAGUACCCUGCUGCUCAAUCCAUACUGGACAAGAAGGAAUUGCUUUACACGAAAUCAAACUGGCUUGUUGGAUCUGAUACAUGGGCUUAUGAUCUCGGUCAAUCUGGUCUUCAUCAUGUCAUGACAUCAGGUGAUAACAUCAAUAUCUUGAUUGUCGAUACAGCCGCUUACACGAGUCAAACCGGGCGAGAGCAGCAAAAGAAGGAUAUCGGCCUCUAUGCGAUGAAUUAUGGCUCUGUCUACGUUGCCUCUGUUGCUGUUUAUGCGUCUUACACGGGUGUGCUACAGGCUCUUAUGGAGGCUGAUGCCUAUCAGGGCCCUUCGAUUGUUCUUGCUUAUUUACCUCAACUGUACGACGUGCCAAAUCCCCUUGCUACUCUGAAAGAAACCAAGACGAGCGUCGAUACGGGCGCUUGGCCCUUAUAUCGUUGGAAUCCUGCAUUGGAAGAGGCUGCUGGUCAAGAUAUGUUUUCUCUGGACUCUCAGCGUAUCAAGAAGUCUCUGGAAGCCUUUUUGGCCAGAGAAAACUAUCUAACUCAACUAGUGUCAAGCCAUCCUGACAUUUCAAAUGCCUUAGUCAGUUCAUUGGAAUCUGAUGUCAAAAAGCGUCAUGCUGAGCUCAAGGCAAAGGCUCGUGCUGACUAUGCUCGCUUGUUAUCAGGUCUGGGUACCAGCAAUGGUGCUCCUCUGACUGUUUUGUUUGGCUCUGACAAUGGAAAUGCUGAGGAAGUUGCCAAGAAGAUUGCCAACCGUGCCAAGGCCAGAGGUCUUCAGGUCAAGCUGAUGGCCAUGGAUGACUAUGAAGACGUGCAAGAACUUGGAAAUGAAACCAAUCUGGUGCUUGUCUGUUCUUCUGCUGGUCAAGGUGAAAUGCCGUCAAAUGCUCGGGAAUUCUGGAAGGCCCUGAACGGUCUGACCGUGGGUGAUGUCAAUUUCGCUGAUCUGAAUGUGGCUGUUUUUGGUCUGGGUGAUAGCCAUUACUGGCCCCGCGAGGAAGAUGCCAUCUUUUAUAAUCGUCCUGGUAAGCUUUUGGAUGCUAAAUUUGAGAAUUUGGGGGCAACAAGACUCGUUGCUCUUGGCUUGGGUGAUGAUCAAGACGAAGAUGGGUUUGAAACUGCCUUGGGCAUCUGGCAACCUGAACUCUGGAAGGCGCUUGGUGUCAAGGAUGUCGGUGCCAAUGAUGAGGAGCCUCCGUACACUGAUAACCAGAUGAAGAUUGAUUCCAAUUACUUGCGCGGCAAUAUCUCGGCUGAAUUGGUAGAUGAUUCUACGGGUGGUGUCACUGAAAUCACUCAAAAGCUGAUGAAGUUUCAUGGUGCCUAUGUCCAGGAUGAUCGCGAUUUGCGUGAAGAGCGUAAGAAGCAGGGUCUGGAAAAGGCAUACAGCUUUCUCAUUCGUGUUCGCACUCCAGGCGGUGUCUCUACUUCGGCUCAAUGGCUUGCUAUGGAUAUGCUCUCUACAAAGUACGGUAACAAUACCAUGAAACUGACUACGCGUCAAGCUUUCCAACUUCACGGUGUCCUCAAGAAAAACUUGCGCACAACUGUUCGUCGUAUCAACAAGGCGCUGCUCUCCACGCUUGCUGCCUGUGGCGAUGUCAAUCGUAACAUCAUGAGCACAGCUAUUACUGAGAUUCCAGAGAUCCAUGCUCAAGUGCAAGACCUGGUCAUUCAGUUACGCGACCUACUGGCUCCCAAGACAAACGCCUAUCAUGAAAUCUGGCUUGAUAACAGCAUGGUAGCAGGUCAUGCUGUGCAAGAUUUUGAGCCUCUAUAUGGUCCCUCUUACUUGCCUCGAAAGUUCAAGGUGGUCAUUGCGGUUCCUCCCAACAAUGAUGUCGAUGUGUAUGCGCAUGAUCUUGGAUUGAUUGCUAUCGUCGACCACGAGACAAAAACGGUGCUUGGGUACAAUGUCCUGAUCGGUGGUGGAAUGGGUCAAACACACGGCAACAAGAAGACUUACCCUCGUCCUGCUUCACUUAUUGGAUACAUUUCUGCUGAUGCUGUCCUGAAGGUGGCUGAAGCUGUUGUUACUACGCAACGUGACCAUGGUGAUCGUGUCAAUCGCAAACAUGCUCGUUUCAAGUACACAGUGGAUGAUAUGGGUGUGGAGGUGGUCAAGAAGGAGAUUGAGGCUCGCAGUGGUAUUCCAUUCGAAGAAGGAAGACCCUACACAUUCAGCGACAAUUAUGAUCGUUAUGGCUGGACUCAAGGUGUCGCUGGUACUUGGCACUUUGGUAUGUUCAUUGAAAAUGGUCGUGUCAAGGAUACACCUGAUUUCCUCUGCAAAACUGGAUUAAGAGAGCUUGCUAAAUUCCACAAGGGUGAAUUCCGACUCACGGCAAAUCAACACCUGGUCAUUGCCAAUGUCCCUGAAGCCGAUCUUGAGAAAACCAAAGCACACUUGGCUAAGUAUAAGCUGGACAACCUCUCCUUCACUGGCAUUCGUAAAUCUGCAAUGGCUUGUGUGGCUCUCCCUACCUGCGGUCUGGCUAUGGCAGAAUCUGAGCGCUAUCUUCCUGAACUGAUUACUCUUCUCGAACAGACAAUGGAAGAGGCUGGUCUUGCUGAUGACUCCAUCGUGGUACGUAUGACGGGUUGUCCUAAUGGCUGUGCUCGCCCUUACUUGGCCGAACUGGCAUUUGUUGGUAAAGCGCCUGGCACUUACAACAUGUACUUGGGCGGUAAUAACAAGGGCGAACGGUUGAACAAGAUCUAUCGUGAAAAUCUCAAGGAACUAGACAUCCUGAAUGAAGUACAACCCAUGAUCAAACGAUAUGCUUUGGAGAGAGAACAAGGCGAGCCCUUUGGUGAUUGGGUCAUUCGUGCUGGCUAUGUCAAAAAGACCAUUACUGGCUUGGAUUUCCAUAAUACGGAUUAG